CGGAUAUCAAAAUGUAAUAGCAUAAGAAGGAUCUCUUGAAUCUCUGCACGUAAUUAGGGAUCUGAGUCUGAAAAAAAAAAUACGGAGUAGGAAAAAAGAACCUUUUGAGAGACAAAGGCCUCUGUCGAGAAAACAGAAGGGGUUAUAAUGCAAAGUCAGGCAACAUCGAUGAGAAUAGCCUCAUAUUCCAGAUGGAAUCAAAGAUAAUAACAGCGAAACAAAGAGGCGUUUGUUUGAGGGGAUGGGAGGUCUUGGUUCGGCACAUCGGCUACUUGGGUGUCAUUAGGGAGAUCCCCCAUCGGUGACUUUCAUCAUCACAUCUAGCAAGAUCUGAGAGAUGGAGUGAGGGAAACUAAUCAGAGAUGGGUCUCCAGUUUUCCGUGCGUCAGAGCCGAGCGCCGUUCCUCCGGCGUCAGCGCGUGGCGGCCGAUGCAGCGCAGUAGCAGACUUUUCAGGGACUACGAUGCUGGACGGAGGAUGUGGGUUUCUCUCAGUUCGUCGAUUGGAGGUCCGUCCGCCAGCACUUGCGAACAGAUAUCCGACCCUAGCAAGAAGAGAGCUCGAGGAUGCUCUACAGGUCUUCAAUCCGGCGACAAUCAAACUAUCGAGGCGGUUGGAGGUAAAAAUAGGGGAAGUCAGCAGUGGAAGUUACAGGUAGUGGAGAUUACAAACAGCAUUUGUGUGUUAAAAUCGAAAGCGACGAAGGUGGGGAAGGGAGAAGGGGAGGCGUUCUGGAAAUCCGAUCUAGAAAAUACGGAGUAUACCGCAUACAUGUGUAGUGUUAGAUAGACUGUGAAGGUGGGUAUGGGUAAAUCCUAAAAUUCUAGAAUUUGAAUACAGAGUAUGGAUAUAUGGAUAUUUGUUUUUGAAUAUAUGAAUCAAUGUAUGGUUCCUAAUUUUCUCUAAUUAAAUAAGCAUUUCACAAUAAGCAAUGAGAGUGAUCCGUUUCAUAACUCAUAUUUUUGACUUUAACUUUAUUGGUAAAUAAAUACAAAAUUUACAAUUCCAUGCA